AUGAGAACCAUUCCGCUAAAGUUGCCCCAGAGGGGGGAAGCCGAGCUCCUCGGCCUUCUCGAGCAGCACUGUCGCGAGCACUAUGGGCAUCACCAACUGGACUUGGUACGCCCCGUUCUUCAAAAAUGGCAUCGACUCCGCAAAGAGAUUUCCAGAGUAUCUCCUCGGACAGGUUCGACGCGACUGCUGGAUCUCCAUCGGGCCUACCUGACGUUGUGCGGUUUGCUGGAGAGGCACUUUUCUGUUUCGUCGCCUCCCCACAAAGGCGCCGCCUCUCUCUCGUCGUCCCUCGCGUCGCUCUGGACAAGCAGUCUUGCUUGCCCCCCCCCACGGUCUUCUUCGUCGUCCGUUUCGUCGUCCGUUUCGUCUUCUGCUUCUUCGUCUCUGUCUCGUUGCGCGUUUUCGCCGCAGAAGGAGGAGAAGGCGGGGAGAAGGUCGAGCGCGUCUUCGCGUUUGGUGGGGAGUUCGUUGGGUCGGUUCGCUCUGCAUGCAGAUUUCUGGGCGUUUGAGAAGGCUUGCGCGAUUUUUAAUUGCGCUGCAUGCGAAGCGAACGCAGGGCUGUUUGUGAAUCGCGAGAAGCUUGAAGAAUUCCAGGAGGCUCUGGAACGCUUCCGGAGAGCGGGGGGAAUUUUCGAGCUUCUUCGUGACAUGCUCCCGUCGAUGUUCUCCUCCGAGUCUGUUCAACAAAGAGAAGCCAGUUCCGCGGCGCCGUACACCGCAGCGGAGAUGACCGCUGCCGCCGCCUGCCCAGAAUUUUCUGUGCAUGCGCUCACGGCCUACAGCUUCAUGAUGCGCGCGCAGGCUCAGUGUGUUUCGUAUGAGCGAGCACUGCGAGAGAAGUUGGGGAAGAGACUGCUAUCGAUGUUAGCUUCCCAAGUCGCGACUUUCUACGCGUCGGCUCUGUCUCACCUUCUUCGUGUCGAGGAAAUGACAAACGCAACCGCACAGCCUGGUUUGCUGCUGCAGUCUCCUCUCUCUGCAUCGACCGGUGGAGACGCUGCAGACUCUCGCCCACAAACAGAAGCCAGUGUGCUGGCGACAUGGCUCAAAAGCCAAGAGUUGUCCUACCUCGCCGCGGCUCACUUUCAGCUCGCUCGGUACGAACAAGAACAAGUCGAAAUGGAAGGUGAAGGCUACGGCCGCCUGGUAGCGCGCCUUCGCGUUUGUCGGGAGUUUCUUGCGCAAGCUGCUGCACUCGUCGAAGCGCAUUCGCUGAAAUGCAACCUCAGCGGUCUCUUUGCUCACAUCGUCCAGACACACGAGCAACUGGAACGCGACAACGCCGUGGUGUAUCUGGAGGCCGUACCGGAUCCGUCGCGUUUGACGCCUCUGGAGCAUGCGUGCUGCGUCGAGCUUUCUUCGGUCGCCAUUCAGGAUUUGCAGGACGUGGACGCGCAUGCCGCGGCGCAACUCUGUCAGCUUCUUCCGACGUCUGUUCGCCUAAGGGGCGAGGAGUACGCCACGAGAUAUCGGGCAGGCGUUCGGGACUUGAAGCAGCGCGUGUCUGAGGAGCUUUCUGGCGUUUCGUCUUUUCUUCUCGCGCGCCAGCUGCCCGACCAGUUGCGGGAGGUCGCUCUGAAGCUUCAAGAGGAGAAGAAAGUUCGCAACCAGCCCCGCGCCGACUUGACUCUCGAACUGCCUCCCCACCUCUGGAAUCAGAUCAGGGCAGUCCAAGCUGCAGGCGGCUUCGACGCUUACGAGGAACAGCAGGCGCUCCUCGCGCAGGCCUCUGUGGCGACGCAGAGGCAACUCGCUGACAUCGAACGCCUUUUGGAGGCUGAAGAAGCAGCCGACGAGGCUUUUCGCGAGGAGAGCGGCGACCCGUCCAGCGACAAAAAGGAACGGCUACGGACGCCAGACGCGCGAGGAAACUGCAACGAAUCAGAUCUCGACAGCGGAGAUCGACUGUCAGACGAGGAGAGCCUCAUGCUGCUGGUGCCCGCCUCAGAACUUGCUUCCCAGUUUCGGGUGUCUCUUGACAAAUAUCGCAGCAAAGCUGAACAAGCGCAGAGCGCGAAUCUUUCUCUGGAGGCGAAGCUGAGAGAGGCAGUGCUCCCUGUUCCCCUCUGUUCUUCGUUACGCUCUCCGCCGUCGCGCGUCUCGUCACCUUCGGCGGUCGGUUCUCCCCCUUCAAGCGCGCAGGCUCCGCGCAACUCCGGCGGCUCUGCGCUCUGCAUGCGCGCGACUCUGAAAGCUGCCUCACCCUCAGAGGUUCUUGCCUGUCUCCUCCCCAGGCUCGAGGCGUGUAUGCAGAGCCGACAGACGGAGACAGAACGCACGCAGAGGGCGGCCGAGAGGGACGCGAGGAUCCGAGAAAGAGAAGAGAAGCUGCAGUUGACACACCAGGCUCUAGCCAACCUGGAGGCGGCCGUCCACGCUCUCCAAAGCGAAGCAAACAGGAUUCAGGAGGACGUUGACCUCGACGCCGUACACAGCCUGCUCCUGCGAGCUCGGAACGAAGGGGAACUCUUCGACUCUGUUCUCCUUCGCGAGGAGCAAGCAACUCUUGGCGCCGCCCAAGAACGGAUCGCAACUGCAUGCAGGAGCGUCCGAACGUACCUAGAAGAGGCGACGACGUCCUGGGAGACGUUGUCUGUUUCCGAGGGGGCAUGGUGUCUUUUUACGCGAGAGGAGAAGGCGCGCGCCUCCGAGGCACUGCGGAUGGAGGCGAACGCCGUCUUCUCAAGUCUGUCAGUGCGGCUAAACGUCUUGAUGGAAAUGCAGGACGAGCAAGAAGAAGGCGCGGCGUUCUUUUGCCAGCUGCAGCAAUUUCUGUCUGAGAUUCGCCGACAGGUGGAGGCGUGCCGAGAAAGCCGCGAGGCUGCCAGACAACGAGGAAGGGAGAGGAGACGUUUCCGCGAGACGGCAGAGACAUCCAGAAGAAGCGAAGAGAACUGGGAAGAACCAAGUGCCAAGGCGACAGCCGAGAGCUGUCCACCGAGGGGAGAGAAACGACGGCUACGUCAGGACGGAGACGAAGAGACCCAUUCGACGGAGGCGAUCCGCCACAACUCCCGACGAGAAGAAACAGAUGCAUACGGGGGAGAUGAAGGUGACGGUGGCGGCGAGAGACGCGGCUUGUCUGCUGCUUCAUCUCCCCGGUUUCCUCAGUGCGAUGGUGCGUACUCGCCGACGAAGACCUGGGGCGCGGGAGGCGCCGACGAGGCGCCUCGCGCAUGCAGUCCCGAACAAAGAAUGUCUGAGGCGCCCGGAGGGGAGCGGCGAGUUGUGCGGCGCUUUCCAGAAACGAACGAGAGUGAAGAGAAACUCAACGCAUGCGGUGCAAACGAAGAAAAACCAGAUGCAGCAGAUGACUUGUGGACGAAUGCACAUGCGUUCUCGGUGUUUCUGCCGCCUGGCUGCUCUCUGCCUGGGGAGGCUUGGGCCGAGCCAUGUUUUCCGGAACGCGCACCAGCAACGAAAACAGGAGGCGACGAGCGAGAGAACGAGGACAACAGAGUCUUUGUGCAUGCAGCGAACGGAGUCUUGCAGUGGAAGGACGAGAGAGAAAAGAGACAGGCUGCUGAAAAAGAUGCCAAACUUCACACAGGGUCUCUGGACAAGAGACGAGAGGCGCCUCAAGACGACAUCGACAUGGACGCCACCACUGCUGCAGGAUUGCCUUUCGAAGACGAAGGAGAGCAGGAGCGAGACUAAGCGAGAGACCCGGGAGAGGAAAAGAAACAGAACGCGAAGGAAAACAAGGACGAACCACGCGUUCGGAAGUUUUAUGAGAAGUCUGGAGGGAAGGAAGAGACGCGCGCUGUUCAUGCCUUCGCUGCCAGAGUGGAUCUGCAAGGGCGCCUUCAGGCGCAGACGUUCCAGCCUCAGUUGAUCGUCUCCAUUGUCGCACACUCAUGCGUCGCUUUAUCUAGAAUUCUUUUGAAUUCAACAAGAACUCGCUUGAGGUCCUUCAUAUGCCGUGUGGGCGAGACGCGCCAACCAAUCAUGCAUUCUGCGUCUCAGCUCGCGUCGCGCAUGACAGUCGGGAGGAACGCAGUUCGACGCCGAAGGAGGCGAAACGAGCAGGCUGCGUCCGCGUCGCCUUGGCAGGACGACGGAGAGGGCAGCGAGAGACGAAGGGAGGCAAGCAGAGUGGAGCGAGAGGAGGGGAAAAGCGAGGAGGGAGAGAGUGGAGAGGAAACAGACGCUGGGCGAGAAAGAAGACCAGGCAGGGGUGUGCGACAGACACCAUGGCGGCAGCGUGGAGAGAGAACGAGACACUGUCUGCAUGACGCACAGAGCGAUCUGACAACGAAAGGUGGAAAAGAAAGAAGUCAGCGCUGAACUGCUGGGACUCGUCAACUGCGUACGCGGAACCCAGUCCAGUCUUGACGUGGAGUUCGGCCUCAGAUGCGCCUUUUUUCCGACAUCAGUGGCUCGUCUUCUGGUCAUGGUGAGACGCCCUUCUGGCGCGCCCGUGUGACUCUGCCGUGACUGCCUCCACUCUCUGCUACCUCAGCGUUCGCCUUCAGAGGACCUCAGGCGGCGCGGCGGCCUUCGUAGGCGUCCUUCGUCUCUUUCCGCG